GAUUUGAUAGUUCUGAAGAAGAUAAUAACAGGCAAUUAGUCAAUAUGAUUAAUGCUGAAUUAGUUAGUCUAAAUGAUCAUAAUGACCUUAUUAGCGACAAGUUGAAUACUUUUGAAGAGUUGUUAAAAGAUCGUAAUAAUACUCAUGACAAAAAUUAUUUUAUGAAAGAUUGGGAAGUUCGCAAAAAUACUAAUGCAUCUGAACAACCUUGGACAUGUGAAGUGAUUAUGGACAUUGUGGUUCAAUAUUUUCAACAUUUACAUAAAGAUUAUCUCGCUUUAAAAAAGAAUCCUGAUGCUUUUAAUAAUCAAAAUAUUAAACAACGUCAUGAUAAUCCAUUAUUAAAAGUCUUGGAUCAAUAUUCCGAUGAAGAAGAUUUGCACUAUCCAAAAGAAGAAAUUAAACUUAUACUUCAUAAACAUUGUAUGUCGCCAGAACUAACGGAUGAAGAAUAUCAAGAACUUCACCUACAAGACAAAAAGCAAUUAAUUGUCGCACCAAUGUAUUGGCGCUCAGAUGAGCAUAAUAGAAUACGAUCAAUUUUAAAUGAAAAAGCUGGUAUUCAGUGUCCAAGCAGGUGGUCACCCUAUUCAAAAGGAAAAGAAAAAGAUAAUGGAGUUUUAAAGCGUGUUUAUCCUGAAUCAGACCAUUCGCAAUAUGAUGAAUUAAUUUAUACGUUGAUUUGCAUCAAUAGU